CCAGGCCGUCCGUUUCCACGCUGGUGAGCUGUCAGAAGACGAGGCUCUUUAUGCCACCGAAUCCUGGUCCAGCACGGCCAGGGCUAUGCGAAGACGCGGCCAGGACAGCCUGGCAGGACUCGUGCUCUAUGUAGGACUCUCUGCGCACCCCGGCAUGCUGCACAGGGCCAAGUACAGCCGCUUUCGCAACGAGUCCGUCACGUCCUUGGACGAAGGCAGUCCCGGAGGCGCGGUGGGGGCCAAGGGUUCCUCGCAGCCGCCCUACCCCACCCUGGCACCUCACCUGCCCGCAGAAGAUGCCACCUUGGCGGCCCAGGAGAGCCCCACUCCCCUGUGCACCUUGAUCCCCCGCAUGGCCAGUAUGAAGCUGGCCAACCCAGCCACCUUGCUGAGCCUGAAAAACUUUUGUCUGGGUACCAAAGACGUGCUGCGGCUCAAACUGCAGGAAAGUCAAGAGCCCGCUCCCAGUAGCAGCCCUGCUUCGCCAGAAGCCAGUCACAGCAGGGCCGGCCCGGCACCUGCGCCCCAGCCCAACCCCGGGGAGCACAGGGCACCCGCAGCCAGGGCAACUCAGGAUGCCUGCCCUCUUCCUGGCCCCGGGGAGCCACCCACCGGGCACGGGCAGGACAGGCACCUUCUCCAGCACCUGUUGGGAAUGGGCAUGAACUACUAUGUGAAGUACAUGGGCUGUAUUGAAGUGCUGCAGUCAAUGAGGUCACUGGAUUUUGGAAUGAGAACCCAAGUAACAAGGGAAGCAAUAAGUCGCCUAUGUGAAGCUGUCCCUGGGGCAAAUGGAGCCGUUAAAAAAAGAAAGCCUCCAGUUAAAUUCCUAUCAACGGUUCUUGGCAAAAGUAACCUUCAGUUUUCGGGAAUGAAUAUAAAACUGACCAUCUCAACGUGUAGCCUCACACUGAUGAAUCUCGACAGCCAGCAGAUUAUUGCAAAUCAUCAUAUGCAGUCUAUUUCCUUUGCCUCUGGAGGGGAUCCUGACACGACAGACUAUGUUGCCUACGUAGCUAAAGAUCCCGUUAAUCAACGAGCCUGUCACAUACUGGAAUGCUGCAAUGGAAUGGCUCAAGAUGUCAUAAGUACCAUAGGGCAGGCUUUUGAACUCCGGUUUAAGCAGUACUUGAAAAAUCCUUCUUUGAAUACUUCCUGUGAAAGUGAGGAGGGGCAUGGGGACGGCCAUGCUGAGGAGACAGAAGACCACGAGUAUUACAAUGAAAUCCCAGGGAAGCCUCCACCUGCAGGUGGUGUUUCCGAUGUGCGGAUGAAAGUUCACACCACCGAGCAUAUGGCUUACUGCCCAAUACGGUGUGAGAAGUUGUGCUAUUUGCCUGGAAACUCCAAGUGCAGCAGUGUCUACGAGAACUGUUUGGAAGAAAGCAGGCCUCUAGGUCAUGUGUAUGAGAGAGGGGUACAGACGCAACAAGACUCCGGGUUCAUGAAGCACACGUGUCGAAUGGAUCUCUUCGACGACCCCUGCUACAUUAAUACACAGGCUCCUCACAGCACUCUUGGCUCGGCUCGAAAUCAAAGCUCCACUCAAGCUCUUGGGAGCCCGUGGCACCGUGGCAAGGCACCAGAGACCGUUCAACCUGGAGCCACAGCCCAGCCUACCAGCUCCCGAUCUUUGCCACACAUUAAGCAGCAGCUGCGGAAUGAAGACUGCUACCAUGGCAAGCUGAGCCGGAAGGCGGCAGAGAGCCUCUUGGUAAAGGAUGGGGACUUUUUGGUUCGAGAGAGUGCAACAUCCCCUGGCCAGUAUGUACUGAGUGGACUCCAGGGAGGCCAGGCAAAACAUCUUCUCCUGGUGGAUCCCGAAGGCAAGGUGAGGACCAAGGAUCAUGUGUUUGAUCAUGUCGGCCACCUGAUCAGAUACCACAUGGAUAACAGUCUGCCGAUCAUCUCUUCGGGAAGUGAAGUCAGCCUGAAGCAGCCCGUGAGAAGAGAGAGCAGUGCUGGGCUUCCACAGUCCCACAAAUGAGGAUAUCGAAGUCCCAUCACACUGACAGCGCCAGAGACUCCCAUCCUCCUGUCAGGUCACAAAGGAAACGCAACCUCUGUUUCUCCAAUGUGUGUUAGGGGACAAAGAUAACUUGGACGUCGUCCCUAGAGAAAAUAGGGCGCUCAUUGUGACGUGCAUCUUUCCAAGCCUGUGACGGCGGACAAGGUCCUUUACCAAGCAAGGAACUCAACAAACGUUGUUCUGCAGAAAGGGAACGUCCGAAAAGGGGGAGAGGAUGGGCCCAUGGGGAAAGAAAUGAGACCUACGCACGGAUGUCACUUUUGUCAGGGCACGCCGCAUGGAUAACAAGCUAAAAGCACAACGAAACCUUCACAUGCUAAAGAUGACUUGGAUGAACUGCUGGGGCAGCCGUAUGUGCCUUGCAACUUCCUAUUUGGGGCAUUUCCGUCUUGGGGAGACUAGUUCUAAGUGUCUUCAUGUUCUAUAAGUAUAGAACCAUUUGCCAAAAAAAAAAAAAGUUUUUCCUUGCUAACAAAGAAACCGUGUGCUCAAUAACUCCUGACUUCAUUCCAUUUUCUGUUUAGAAGCACUUUCAUGGUAGCGUUAAAAACAUAUAAAUUUGACACAAUACAGACGGAGCCCUUGUGAGUAGCAUCAAGUCAAAUGCCACUGAAAGCGUUGCUCUGGGCCAUUGGUCUGUCCACUUUAUCAGUUGGAGUGUUGGGUCCCAAGUUCUCUGACCUGAUAUUUUUCAGUCUUUUCCGUGUGAACUGUUCACAUAGCAGUUAACGAGGCUACAUUGAUCCAUCAUUUCUAACUUUAUCACCCUUUUGCCCCUCCUCCUCUUCAAAACAACGACACAUGUGCAUGGAUGUAAACGUUGAGGUACAUCGCACCACGCAUCCAAACUGGCCCCAUUCUGAUUUGCAGUCCUGAAUUCAUUUGCAAGGAUAGGCAAACAUCUUCUGGACCACCUGCUGCUGAGUCCUCACCCCACUCUGAUGUGUGUGCUCAGGAUCAGACCAAGAGCAGAAGGGAGGAGUCACUGAACGAAGCAGUUGGAAGGAUCCACCACCUGUCGGUCUAACGGAAAACUGGCAGUGAAAUGAAGCAUUGUGUAGGGAGACGCCUUGGCUCUGGGAUUCGUGGGCUCUCAGCCUUAUAAAAGGGAUUUUGAGCAAGUUGCUUAAUCUUCUGGCCUCGAGUUUCCUUAUCUACAACAUGACGAAGCAGGGCUAGGUGAAUUCAGAAGUUCAAUUCCGGCCCUAACACAUUAUGAAUCUAUAUAAAGGGAUCAGUGGUGUUCACCAGUUUGAACAUGUAAGAUGAAAAUCUCGUUGUUGUCUCGUCUCUGUCUGCAAUCACAGAAAGAAUGACAGCUGACAUCAACAUUCAGAUAGUUGAGAACCCCAACCCUUUUCUGAAAUGCUGAGGUUUGGGGAACAUACAAUAAUGCUAGGAGGAGCGGAUUUGGGUUGACCUGACCGGCCGAACAUGGCCUCACUCCUGUCCCUGCCUUUGCCUGGCCCUAGAGAGUCACGGACCUAACUGUAGAGUAGGUUUUUAUCCUGCAUUACCUGGACAAUUGCCUUAACUCCACUUUAUUUGGCUAUGUAGGUACAACUUAAUCUUCACAAUUGUGAUAUAUUUACUAGGUUUUAAAUAAAAUACAGAAACCGUCUUUUGGAUCAAAAGAAUCAGCAGUCAAGCACACUGAACUCUCUACUAUUUUUAUGUAAAGGUUUAUGGUUUCGUUUUACUUCUACAGCUAUUGAUGUCUUAGACGACCCUGUUUCCUUUUAUAUGGCUAGGAAAUGUGUAUUUUGCAGCUGUUUGGGUACACCUUAGUUCUGGAUUAUCUGGUCUAUACAGGGACCAGCAUGGGUAUAGAUACAGAGAACUGUCACAAAUCCAACCACCUUUCUCAGAGUGAGGCCAGGGCUGAGCAGAGAGUUAAUGGGGUUGCAAGCAAGGGCUCCGGAUGCAGAGAUGUCAAGCUGUCAAUCAUGUGGGCCCCACACGUGGAGAGUCAGUCUUUGGGGUAGAUUCGUUGGACGAGCAAAUCAUUCAGUUACAAACACCACAGACAUGAUUCAAACCAAACAGGAAAAAGAACGGUCUGAUUGCAUGCUGUUUUUAUCUCACUCUUAACCUUUGUGGGUCUUAAAGUGAAAAUCUAUUUGCCUAUAAAUACCUGUCAAUGAUGUAAAAAAAUAAUAAAUGAUUACUGCUU